AUGGGAGGAAGAGGAGGGGGCAGGCAGGGAAAGAGAGGCAGGGGAGGAAGGGGAGGGCAGGCAGAGAAAGAGAGGCAGAGGAGGAAGAGGAGGGCAGGCAGGGAAAGAGAGACAUGGGAGGAAGAGGAGGGGGCAGGCAGAGAAAGAGAGGCAUGGGAGGAAGGGGAGGGCAGGGCAGGCAGGGAAAGAGAGGCAGGGGAGGAAGGGGAGGGCAGGCAGGGAAAGAGAGACAGAGGAGGAAGGGGAGGCAGGCAGGGAAAGAGAGGCAUGGGAGGACGGGGAGGUCAGGCCGGAAAACAGAGGCAGGGGAGGAAGAGGAGGGAAGGCAUGGAAAGAAAGGAAGGGGAUGGAAGGGCUGUCAGGCAGAGGAGGAAGGGAGGCAGGGAGAGAGGCAGGGGAGGAAUGGGAUGGCAGGCAGGGAACGAGGGAGGAAGGGGAGGGCAGGGAGGUAAGAGAGGCAGUGAAGGAAAGGGAGGGCAGGCAGACAGGGAAGGAGAGGCAUGGGAGGAAGAGGAGGGGGCAGGCAGGGAAAGAGAGGCAGGGGAGGAAGGGGAGGGCAGGCAGAGAAAGAGAGGCAGAGGAGGAAGAGGAGGGCAGGCAGGGAAAGAGAGACAUGGGAGGAAGAGGAGGGGGCAGGCAGAGAAAGAGAGGCAUGGGAGGAAGGGGAGGGCAGGGGCAGGGAAAGAGAGGCAGGGAGGAAGGGGAGGCAGGCAGGGAAAGAGAGGCAUGGGAGGAGGGGGGCAGGCAGGAGAGGCAGGGAGGAAGAGAGGCAUGGAAAGAGGAGGAAGGGGAGGAGGGCUGAGAGGCAGGGAAAGAGAGGCAGGGAGAGGAGGAGGGGAGGCAGGAGAGAGAAGAGGAGGAAGGGGAGGGCAGGCAGAGGUAAGAGAGGCAGAGGAGGGAGGGAGGGAGGGCAGGGAAGGAGAGGCAUGGGAGGAAGAGGAGGGGGCAGGCAGGGAAAGAGAGGCAGGGGAGGAGGGGGAGGGUAGGGCAGACAGUGAAAGAGAGGCAUUGGAGGAAAGGGAGGGGAGGGCAGACAGGGAAAGAGAGGCAUUGGAGGAAGGGGAGGAGGGCAGGCAGGGAAAGAGAGGCAUGGGAGGAAGGGGAGGGCAGGCAGGGAAAGAGAGGUAG